CAGAAACCGCAUCAAAGUUUUCCAUGGCUACAACAAAAGACGCAUAAAAGAAUAGCGCAGAUAUUUUUUUUUAACUCUCUGAAUUUCCGAAAAUUGCAUGUUGGAAAAAAUGGGAGAGUCAAUUGGUUUUUUAAGCUCGUUGUCCCUAGUGAGUGUGUGCUCGGUGUCCCUAGUACUACUACUACGACUACUACUACUAGUAAUAAUAAUGCGAGAAAGUAUGUGAUGUUGAGCACCACUCGUUUUACUGUACUGCAAACAUUUUAUUGGAAGUUUUUUUAUAGUGUUUUGGCGCCAUAAAAGUGUUACCAGUUUAUUCUGGGAUUAUGGAUAUGGUGUAUAUAUAUUUAUUCCUUGCAAAUACGGCUUUGUUUGGCUCCAUUCUUAAAUUUCUGUGUAAGUGCCCAAUCCGAAGGUGCUGGAAUGCUGCAAGAAAUAGCAUGUUUUAAAACUACUCUUGAUUUUAUAUUUAGAAGUAAUGGUUUUGAAGUUCGUAAUUUGUGAGAUGAAAAACCCGUAACAAGUAUAAUGGAAACUAAUGUCAUUUACAUUAUUCCCCACUAAUUUGAAACAAUUGGUGUCGUGAACGAAGUCGAUAGAUUUUCUAAAGAUCAGGUUAUUUGUUAUGUAUUCGAAACUUUAUAUUUCACAGUCGAAGUGAGUGUCGAAAAUUCAGUCAUGGAAAAAACUCAGCAUUUAAAGGCAUUUAUUGCCAGUGCUUCGGAAUAUAAUCGUUUUAAAUCAGAAAAAUUCGGGUCUGUUGUGCAGCGACAAUUACAGAUCUUGGGAGUCUACACCGAUUACAGCAUAUUUGAUCCAGAUAGUAGUACAGCAGUUGAAUUUUACAUAAGUUUGCAUGAACUUAUGUCUGGUUUGGACUGCAGAUCCAGUCUUAUGUGGGCUGCUGUGACUGUUCUCCAGCAGGCGUGUCACAAUUCAGCUGCUAGACUUGCUCUUAUUCAAACAUACAAAUUUACUCCCAUUCUAACACGAAUAUUGGGAACCGAUUUAACUCAUGACAAACGCAUACGACUUUUGCAAGUGCUUCAAGUUUGUAAAUUACUGAUUAUAUUGGAGCAUUUAUCUGGAGAUAUUCCUCCAAGUGAUAUUAUCAAUUUAAUCGAAGCAACAUUUGCUACACUGAAGGAGGCAUUUAAAGCAAAAGAUAUAUUUUUGCUUCAUCACAUAGUUGAUUUCUUCAGUGAUGUUCGCAGUAACAGUCAAUCAUGUGAAGUAUUACGUACCUACAAAAGAUACUAUGAAGACAUAGAAAGUCUUCUUGUCCUUUUUGAUGAUCAACCAGAUGCUGAAAGAGCUGGUUUGUUGCUGGAGUUUUUACAACUGCUUGUGAGCUUAGAAGUUCCAUCAAUUAUUCCAUUGUAUCCACGAUUAGUGAAAGUUAAUGUGCCUUGGAUCCAGACUGCACUUGCAUGCACUCAGUCCCUGUGUCUGCUACGAUCAAUUAUUGUGGAUGUUAAGAAAGGAACUUUAAAUAAUACAAUUAAAGAAAGUGUCUUAGUUCUUCUAGAAGAACAAUUACCGGUGUUUUUAACAAUGUUGGAUUUGGGUAAAGGUGAAGACGCUUGUCCAAUGAAUGGUGAAACAAGAAGUCGCAUUACAGCUUUAUUACAGCUUUUAAGAGAAAUGUGCUGUAUUAAAAACUUAUCUGAUAAGAUCUUAUCUUUUAUAAACCAAACAGUGGUACAAAAAUUGUGCCAAGGUUUGAUAUUGUUUGAUAUAAAAGAAAAUAGUAAUCUUUUCCAAAAAGACUUGAUUGCUUUGAACAUUUACACUCUGUCUUUUGUUGCUGAACUUGCAAAGCACAAUGGAUAUUGGGUGAAUUUCUUUAUGGAGCUUCUAUCACAUCAACAAAUAUUGAUGGUUCUAGCAAUAGGAUUAUAUAAAGGCGAAGAAAACAUCAAAAAAGAAGUUUUAAGUCUUACAGGAUCACUUGGUUUUCCUGUUGAAAGUUUUUCACCAUUGGCAAAAUCUUUGUGUGAUUUAGAACCAUUAGUUGCUCUUCCAACUGGCAAAUCGAGAACAAUAGUUAGUCAAACUGGAUGUGAUUCCCAACAUGAAUUAACUCCCUUGUUCAAUAUAACUCAGGAAGGGAGAUUAGAUGAAUUUAUCGCAAAGUUGCAACAAACUCUUCAUAACUCUGAAGCAAAGGACAUCCCCAUGUCUUCAGUGAUGGAACUUUACGAGUAUAAAUUGGCAGCCUUCGGUCAUUCAGAACGUGCCCUUCAUGCCAGCUUGGAAGCUGUAAAUAACCAUGCUACUCACCUUCAACAUCGUUUAGCACAAAUGAACGCAGAAGCAAACCGUAUGCAUCAACUAUUAUAUCAUAGUCAACAAUGUGUAGAACGAUUACAACGAGACAAGAGAGAAAUCUCAAGACUUCUCGAGUCAGAGAAAUCUACAGCAAGUCAAGCCCACAAAAGCCAUGUGCAGGAUAUGAAAAAUAAACAAAAAGUAAUAAAUGAGUUAAACCUUGUCAAUGAAGAACUAAGGCGAAAUGUUUUAAGCCUUAAUGAAGAGAAGCAGUCCCUGGAAAUAAAAUUAAAAGAAUCACAAAAUCAGCUUGCUACUAUUUCAGCUCAAGCUUCACAGUAUUUGGGAAAAAUUAGAUCAUUGGAAGCAAAGUUGAAAGAUCAACAAGCAAAACUUACUGACUUAACUGCAGAACAUACAAAACUAGAAGGCAAACUUCGUAAAACUGAGUAUCUUUGUCAAGAACGUGAAACUGAAAUUGGACAACUCAAGGUAGCAAAUGCCUCUUUAAAAGAUGAAGCUAGUAAUCUUGAUGUUCUUGUGAAAUCUCAUGAGAGAAGCUUAGAGGAGAAAGAUCAAGAAAUUUGUAGUAUUCAGCAUCAACUACGUGAACUUCAACGAAUUAGAGAAAUGAUUUAUGAAAUAUCAGCUGGUUAUGGAUUAAUGGCAUUCCACUUAAAAAUUUCAACCUUUUAA